UAGAAAACAAAAAAUAUUUCCUUAUUAGCUAUUGUCCUUUUAAAGAAAGAUAAUAGGCCACAGAGAUGAAAAGACUUGGGUUCAGCUUCUAAAACUUACACUUACUAACUGGGUGAUAUGGAAUAAACCUGUUCACCAUUUUGGGUUUCAUUUUUCUCAUUUGUAAUAUGAACAUAAUGGCACACCUAUCUCACUGGUUUUCUAUGAAGAUCAAAUGAGAAGAUCAUAUGUAAAGCACUUUGCAAAACUUUAACCCCCUGUCGGCUAUUAUUAUUAUGGUGAAGCUGCUUUAUGAACUAGUGAUUUCAUUGAAGUUUAAUUAAUGCAUGCUGUUAAUACAACUGGUUGGUACAGUUGGAUAGAGCACUAGACUUGGAAUCAAGAAAACUCCUUUUUUUGUGUUCAAAUCCAGCUUCUGACACUUGCUGUGUGACCCUGCAGAAGUCACUUAAUUGUCUGUCUCAGUCCCUAUGUAAAAAAAAUGAUCUAGAGACGAAUAUGGCAAACUAUUCUGAUAUCCCUGACAGAAAGCGCCCCCCCCCCCAAAAAAAAAAAAAAAAAAAAGGAUCACAGAGUUGGAUGCAACUGAAAUGGCUUAAUUGCCACAUAUAACUUUUGAUUUACAAAGCUCUUUAUUAUUUUAUCUUAUUUGAUCUAUAUUGCAACCCUCUGGAGUCCAUAUUUAAAAUAUUGUUUUGUUCAUGUCAAAGAUAAGGAAACUGAAUCAGUGAAAUUAAAAUGAUUAGUAAAUGACAAAAUUGGAACCUGGUUCCAGGCAAGAAUUUCACAUCAAGGAAUAUGAUGUUAUGUUUCAUUCUUAUCAGUUUUUAAAAUAUUGCCUAAGCUAACUAGGUAUAGUGGAAAAAAAAAAAAGAAGUUAUCUUAGGACUCUUCCUUAAUUAUUUUUAAUUCUUCUAUUGUAAAACACUGCUUAAUAAAAAUAUUUGUGCUUCAAAGACAUACAAAAUUUUUACGUGGAAAAUAAGGAAGACAUCAUUGGUCAUAUUAUUUGAUAGAUUUUUGAUAUGGAAAUCUAAUUUUUAAAAUGAAAUAUGACACAUUUUUAUUGUAACCAUAGAGAAAAGGUGAUAUAAUUUAUAUGUUGAUAUUAUAUUUUUCUUUAUAGGCAGUUUAUUUGGUGCAGGAUUCUUUUUGAGGAGCUUUGUACAGUUCUCGGGUAUGGCAGAAGCAGUAUUGAUCGAUUUCUUUGGUUUGAAAUUGAACUCUCAGAGUAAUUGUGUGCUACUAAAAACAUUGAAAGCUGUGCAAAACCUCCAUGCCACAAAUACCAAAUUCCUUUGCAUAAUGCAUUGCCAUAAUCUCAGAUGUGAAAAUAAUGGUGAACAUGAUGAUAAUAAAAAUGAAUUGAUUAAUAGUUUACCAAUCUUUCCAGUGGGUUUUGAGGUUAUAAGUAAUUCCAGUAUGGCUGCUAUCUUAUAUAUAAUUAAGCAAAAACUUGAUGAAAAAAAUUUGACUAGCAUUAAAAUAAUGACAACACUGCAGAGGAAAGCACUAAUGAAAGUUUUUAUUCAUCAACUCUUCACUGAUGUUUACCAUUUUGAGUUUGAAGACUUACUACUAGAUUUGGGAGAAAGUCAUAUAAAAGAAUCUAUUGAAAUAAAUACUAUUACAAACCAAGAAUUAGAAGAAAUCCAGAAUGAUAUCAAAACAUAUUUGAGAAGUCUACCAGGACUGAAGGGGGAGCUCACCAUUCUCACAUCUUCCUUUAUCCCAGAUAUUUUCAUACAUGGCUUCACUACCAGGACAGGUGGGAUAUCUUACAUACCCACUCUCAGUUCUUGCAACCUCUUCAGUAGUACUAAGCGUAGAGAUCCCAAGGCUGUCGUUCAAGAAAAUCUGCGAAGAUUGGCUCAAGCGGCAGGCUUUGACCCUGAAAAAUUUCACCGUAUAAAGACUGAUCAUGCUAAUGGUGUCUGGAUAAUGGGUAGAAAAGAGCCUGAUUCUUAUGAUGGACUAACAACCAACCAAAGAGGUGUUACCAUAGCAGCUCUUGGUGCAGACUGUAUACCUUUGAUUUUUGCGGAUCCUGUUAAAAAAGCAUGUGGUGUCGCUCAUUCAGGAUGGAAGGGUACUUUGUUAGGAGUUGCUAUGGCUACUGUCAAUGCUAUGGUAGCGGAAUAUGGCUGUCGCCUGGAAGAUAUUCGUGUUGUAAUGGGCCCUUCAGUAGGACCUUGUUGUUUUACUCUUCCGAGAGAAUCAGCACAGGCUUUUUAUAAUCUUGAUCCUCAAUGUGUAAGACUAAUUGAUUCACCAAAUCCCUACGUUGAUCUGCGUAGAGCCACUAGGAUUCUUUUAGAACGGGGAGGAAUUCUUCCUCAGAAUAUUCAAGGUGAUUUUAAAUCUGAUCAGAAUCAAAAUCUUGACCUUUGUACAUCCUGUCAUCCUGAGAUGUUCUUCUCUCAUGUCCGGGAUGGCAUUAAUUUUGGGUCACAAAUGGGCUUCAUAUUAAUUAGAGAGUAAAUAUGAUACAGGCCUGAAUGCUUGCCUGGAUUGUUUUUUGGCCGCCUGUAAGACCGAUUGCAGUAUUCCAGUGGUCCUGGGAUCUCAUCAAUGUGAAUAUUCUUUCCAGUGAUAUAGAUUAUAACCCCUUCAUGCCUAUUCUUCUUGGGGUUUUAAUCCUUAUAUUCCCAUAAAUUUAUGAUGAGGCACCUGAUAGAUGUUCUUCUGGGUAUUAUAUAGAUAACCGUAUAGCAUGUAGACUAUCCAUUAGUUAUCCCUCCUUUUUGCCAUGCCAAUUUUUUUUCAGUAUAUAUAUAUACUUCUCUGAGAAUUCCUGCAUUCCCUUUCUCUUGUAUAAUUCCUUAUUUGUGAAGUGUUAGAUUGCCUUUGCACGCCAGGUCCUUCUCCAUUUCUCUUUUCCUUGUAUGAUGCUCUAUUGUAAUUCCUUGGAGAAUAUAGCAUUUCGUAACUCAUAACCUUAUACAUAACCAGAAAAUGAACUUUUUUGUUGCAGAAAGAAAUUUGGGGUCAUUUAAAAAAACUUGGCUGUUUCCCAAAGGAAAUCUAGCCCUGACCUCCCCUCAUUCUGUUCAGUUCUGGGCCCAAGUCAUUUUCUAUUUGUAGUGUUUGUCCAGGGUAUAUAUUGAGGAAGAUUCUCUCUAGGUUGUCAUCCAACUUCAUCUCAUGAUUUAGAUAAUAGGCCUUCAUUUGAGUUAUUCCUCUAUUGAUUGUUAUAACAUAUUCUUUUAAGUGAUUAUGGCUUUUAUGUAGGAGGCUUUGUCAUGUUCUACUAUUUGAUUCACCCAGCCCUAUGUAAUCUCCAAAUGAGCAUCUCCAGAAACUAAUCAUCUGUAGAGAAUCCAUCUACAUCUUUGACUCUGUUAGAUCUCCUCUAUGACAAUUAGUAUAUUUGUCAAGAACAGGUUUUUCCGUGUUUUAUGACUCAUCUGAUAUUUAUAAGAGUUGUUGACAAAAUUAUCUCUUACAUCUUAUGUAUAUUUAUCUUAUGUAUGUAAGGGAAAUAAAUUGUUUGUUGGAAGAGUCUUUAAGGUACUGUUUGCUUAUUGGAAUUAAAUGUGUUAACUGUAUUAAAUGUUUAUACUCAAGAUAGUAAAUUCAGUGGAAUCUUGUAUUCUCUUUAUCUUUUAGUCAAUUGUGAUAAUGUAAAUGUUUCCUGUGGAAUAUUAUUUGUUAAACAAAAUAAUAAAUAAAUAAAUAAAUAAACAAACAAACAAACAAA